AUAAACUAAGAAACUUGAUUAAAAAAUUAAUCCAUAUCUUUCUUUGUUUUAUGGUAAUUAUAUCAUUAAUCCGUAAUGGAAACUUCAAACGUUCGUUUCGAACGUUUACCUAAAGCCGAGAGAAGACUUUCAGUAUCCAAUAUGGCGCUUGUACAGUAAUUUCUCCUCAUUUAACGAGCUGGCAGAUUCAUUACAAUCGACUGUUCCCCGCUCGUACUAAUAACAUCCAAUUUGUGUUCUGUAGGAACUCAAAACGAGAUCGAUGAUCAGCUGCACUCGGAGAUCGUGUGAAAUAAGCAGAAGGUUAGUGCAUGUUGCACGAACCGCAUCCACUUUAUUUAAAUGUUGUUUAAGAUUUCAUCCAAUCUGUUUUUAACCUCCUCAUUUCUCAUUUGAAUACAAAAAUUUGUUUACUAUCAUAAGCACUUGUUUCCUAGACGGAAUUCCGUUCGCGAUAAUGCCCUUCAAAGGAUGCUGGAAUACUGGCAAUACAUUAUCACUCCCCCUUCCCCUCUCGCACUCUGCAGUUUAAAAUGACUUUCUACUGUAGAAUUCGCAGAAAAGAUCGCGCCGGGUUUAGCCAUCCUCAUUUGGAGUAGGAGGAAGAGGAGGAGAUGAAAAAAUUCCGUCUGUGACGUCACGAUCAAUGAUUCACGUGACGAGGUCAAUGUCCUUUCCUGUCGUCCGUCGAAAACUAACCAGAAAAUUUAUCCGCUUGUGUAAUUUUAUAAACUCUGUAAAUUAUGUUGCACGAUGUGAUUAAUUACUUCACCCCAGCCUUAUCUGAAAAAUAUGCAAAUUAGAUGACGUACCAAUAGUAAUCAGUGGCUCUGGUAGAUAAUUUAACGAACGUUUACAUUUGAACAUUUUUUUAAAAUUAAUAAACUCGAAAGUUUGAAAUGUCUACUUUAAGCGCAUGAGUCAUGCUGGAAUAAUGGCACAUCUGUACACUAAAGGAGUAAGCUGGAGUGUCGUUACAUCCAUAUAGGAUCGACGAGCGCGUUUGAACCGUUGCCUGGCAACCAACGAACUAUGUAUAUAAUAUUCAUCGUGUAUUAUUGUCUGAAACCAAGCGGAAAAUAAAAAUUUCAUUCAUAAACAAGUUUUAAAUAAAAAGUAAAAAAUUACUUUUUAAUUUCUCACUCGAUUGAUGCUGAUAAAUUCACUAUAGGUGAGCAGGUUAUGAAGGAGAUUAACAAUUACUUGGCAGGUGGUCAAAGUGGAAUAACUUCGCUAACAAAAUUUAAAUUAAUUGCAAUUUUAAAAGCGAAAACGGGGGAUUUCGUAGAUAGUCAUCGAUUUGUUUCGAGCUGCGUGAAGCGGUAGGUUAGAUUUGUUUAUGAUGCCAAUGAUUGUUGUAUUAUCAUUCUUUACUUUUUUAGGCGGAAUGUGGUCUAUUGUGCAAACUGGCAGUGUUAAUAACCAAGGGGCGCCGAGUUCCAGGAGCAAACACGCCAUGUGUAGCACACAGACUGGAAUGAUUUAUCUUCUAGGAGGUAGAAGUGCCAAUUUACCAUUGAAGGAUUUUUGGAGAUUCGAUCCUGUGCAGAGUUUAUGGGAAGAAUUGCGUUGCCGUGGAAACAGACCGCCUUGUCUGCAGGAACACACCAUGGUGGGAUGGAGGCACUUCCUUUAUGUUUUCGGAGGCGAAAUUGGCUUUGCAUCUACAGGCGAGACACCUUUGUGGAUUUUAGAUACUGGUGUUGGAACAUGGAGAAAACACCAUAUUAGAGGAUUAAGUGGGCAACAACCAUCUGGCAGAAGAGGGCAUACUUCUGUAGUUUAUAAUGGAGCUAUGCACGUUUAUGGAGGUUAUCAAGAUUUGAGAGGUUCCUCUUCUGAAUUGUGGUCGUUUGAUUUUGUGACGGAACGUUGGCAUCUGACAUUGCUUCCCAGUCACGUGGAUCAGCCACCUGCCAGGCAUAACCAUUCUUCGGUUGUCCACGAUGCUGCCAUGUGGGUUUAUGGUGGGAUGACCGACCUACAGGAAAGAAACGAUUUCUGGAAAUGGGAUUUUGUAUCGAAGCAAUGGAGUCGUAUUCGAUCUCAGAAAGGCCCAGGAGAAUUACACGGUCAUUCCGCUGUAAAAGCAAUGUCAUGCAUGUAUAUCUUUGGAGGAGAAAGAGCAGGUGUCCUGUUAAAUGAAUUGUGGAGGUACCACUUUGCAACCGAGACAUGGGAGCGCCUUCAGCCCGAAGGAGUUAUACCAAAUCCGAGAUGUCGGCACGCGGCAGUGAUAGAACCUACUCUCCAUACUUGGGACGACAAGAUCAUUGCUUGGGAAAACAGCCCCCAGCAAUCUAAUACCACUCGUUCCAACCAUUCCCAUCAUCGGCAUUCUCACCCUGUGGGAACUUCAGAUACGCCGCCUAAAUCGGCGUCUAUGUGUUUCACACAGAGCGAAUCUGCUGAGAAUGGACGGAAAUAUUUCAAAUUCCGCGUGCAUCCCGUUUCUCGUCUUUGUAGCAAGAGUACCAGUUCGGACGACGAAGACGAAGAUUCCGAGUACGUAGCAGCUUAUAAUCACAACUCAGCCCAAGUUAACAUUAGUAAAUCCCUCCGGGAGAAGAUCACCAGCAGCAGGCUGGUGCGCAGUAUCUCCAGCGGUAGCUACAGCAUCCUCCAUAACCCCCCCGUAGAAGGUCAUGCGGAUGAGUUGGAACGCCUCGUAGAGGAGACACCGCACCAGCAACAUCGCACUAUUCAGAAGUCGCACAGUUCCGAUGCCGUUUUAGAAUCCGAUAGCGAAACGUCUACUCCCCAACAUACGCGGCCUAAACUCGAACGUUUACCAUCUCCCGGCACUAAUCAUCCUCGUUCCUUCCAUCCUACCACCCCUACCGGUUCCAUUAGAACUUCAGAAUCUCAAAAGGAAAAAUCAUCAAACGGUGACUGGUGUUGUUGUUACCACGGUAGUAGCAACUCUUUGCGGAUGAUGGGCCACACUCAUUGCGAUGUGUGUCACAGAAUGGUGCCACAGUCUGCAGGAAGCCGAGGAGGACGCCUCGCAUAUGACGGACCAUUGACUACGGUCAAAGAUGUCGAGGAAGAGACCAGCGAGGGGGGAGACGAAGCAGUACCCGUCCCAGUCACCACUCCAAAAUCGAUGGACGCAGUGCUGGUAGAUUUGGACACCACUUAUCCCAUGGAGACCGAAAAGCCUCGCCAACAUCCAUCUUCUUACACUCUCUCGGAUCUGGUGACUCCGAGCGUCGAAAGCUGUGGAUUGUCUCAUUCCGUAUCCCACAGUUCUGGCUAUCACAGCUUCACAGACGAUGAAAGCGGCGAUUGUCACCGUGAAUUUGCGGGAUGUUUAAACAUUACAAGUCGCAGGCCUUCCACGCGCGGUCAUAGGGACGGUUUGCCAGUAGAGCUGAAGACAUUCAAUAAUUCUUCUGAACCACCGAGAGCUCGAUCGUGGGAUCGCAGUUCGCAGAGGAAGCAUCAGAUUCGUAACCAUCCAAUUACGCCCACUCCCACUUCCUCUAGCCUCCGUCUCGAACAUCAGAUGGCAUCGGUGUCACCCGGACGCAGAUGGCACCUGAGUCCUUCGAAACCAAGAAUUCAACAACGUCACUGGCAACUUUGCUUAUAUGUAUUCGGAGGAAGGGAGCAGGGUGCACCGGGAGUAUAUAGGCAACCCAUUUCUGUCUGGAAACUGUACGUGUGACAUUUUAGUCUAUUUUGUAACGUGUUUUCUAAUCUAGCCAUGUCAUAGAAAAUAUAUAUUUGCAGCCAUUAGAAAAGACCAUGUGAGAGGUGUAAGCUUCGAAUCCAUCUGUUCCGUCUUAUAUUUAUUCAUCGAGACUUUCUCUCUAAGAGAUUAGUCGAAGGACAUAUCCAAAAAGUCCAUUUUCUUAUCUCAUAUUUUUCCGAUGGAUACAUAAAAUCGUCCGUCCCAGGAUAGUCUAAUUAAAUGCUUUUAUUGACACCUUUUGGGAUGUAAAAAAAACGAGUUAGACAAUCCUAGCAUAAGAGUGGAAAACGGAAGAAAGAAAGAAAAAAAAAUUCUCAGCCAGUCAUUCCAUUUCUAGUCAGAUGUACAGACUUCUGUGUGUGAAAGUGUCGUUUAUAUCUGUUUAUCUGUUAGUGAAUUGUGACAGUUUUCUGUUUGCUUUGUUCAUUUUUCUGUCGUUCUCUUACCAUAAUAAUGCAUCAGUAUUAUAAAUUUAAAUAAUUGUACCAUUUUGUAUAAAAAAACAAUAUCAAUAAUAAAGCCUUUUUAGCAGCUGCUGCCUUUCAUUGUUCUGAGAUAUUCGCAGGUGCAGUUAAAUGGAAUGAAACAAUCUCCGAAAAGAUACACCUGCUUUACGAAUUUACAAGGUUGAAUUAUCAAUGAUCGGUUGAAAGUAGAAUUUAUUUUUAUCUAGAUGAAUUAUUUUUAAAGGAUUUAAUUAAAAUUUUUAUUUUUUAAAUUUAAUUACGCUAAGUUUCGUCACUUCCUGGUAUGAGUAACCGGAUAUUUAAAGGAAGAACUAGGUUGAUUCUUAGAUUUUUAUUUAUUACAAGUGACCAAAUAUUCGCGAUGUUUGCAAUUUCAUUUUUUAUGUUGCUGGUGUUUUUAAAAACAGUAAAUGCUCAUGAUACUAAACCUCAUUUGUCGUGUUUUAACGUGGAGAAAUGCAACAAUUCUUGUUGUGACAUUUUUCAAAGGAUGCUUGACGAAGAUUUCCAAUUAAUCUUGGAUGUUAAAGGAAAUAACGGUUUAAAGAUUGAACUGAAAAAUAAAUCGAGUAAUUGUUUGUUGAGAAACCAGAUUAAUUUAGUUAAAUUUAGAGAGAGACUCGUCUGUUCCUUGUUUAAAAGUCUCAUAGUGAAACUAGAUCCGAAGUCGAGAAAUCUUCUUUACGUCACGGUGGCUUCUAGUCUAGCCGUAGCUUGUUUCGUCACCGUCUGCGCGAUAAUCGGUCUGGCAAAUCGUCGACGUCUACCGAAAUGCCGUAAAAACGAGAAAACGGAAAAGUCGGACGCGUUCGACCAGGUGGAUCUGGCCGAGAGUUUUCCUCCCCCCGACAUACCCGAAGCCCAAGUGCCUAGGCAAAGCACGUUCUUCGUCGACGAUAAUCCACCCGCUGGCGAAAACGACGUCUGCCAAAGUUAAUAAUAUUUACUCGAGAUUUUUGCUUUUUUCCGACAGACGAUUCUCCAUGGCUUUCGACCCGUUAUUUGUAUUUACAAAUCCGCAAUCUGUUUUUAAAUUGCAUCGUCGACAGCUAUUUUUUAAGGCUUCUUGGUAAAUUGCGCUUUCGUAAGUUAUGAAAUAAAUUGUAGAUUCGUAAAAGAAUGUCUUCGCUCUUCUCCAAUUUAGUUAAUUAAAACCGUGCUGGAAAUAUACGCGUGUCUUUUUAGUCCGCCCAGACGAAAUUUUCAAAUAGUCGUAACGUUAAUUACGAAAAUGUAAAUAUUAAAUUAUAAUUUUUUAAAA